AUGCUUUUCAAGGGCCUCUUUCAAAGUCCCCCUCGGGGUGACGUCACGCGGUCCCGGGCCCGCCCAUCUGGGGUCACGUGUCAAGGUCGGGUCACCCUGGCCAAUCAGCGAGAGAAGUUUCCCGGAAGUGAAACCGCGCCCUGGAGCCCGGCGGCGCCGCGCGUUGCCACGGCAACGGCCGGCAGGAUGGCGUCCGAGGAGCGCGAGUGGAGGAGACGGGCGGCCCGGCUGCGAGCCGAGAUGGAGCGGGAGCGGAGGAUGGAUGAGGCGCUGAGGGCGGCAGAAGAGAACAGAAUGCAGAGAGCGCUGCAGCUAGAGCGAGAGCAAAAGCUGGCGGCUGAGCUGGCGAGGCGGGACCUCGAGAAAAUGAAAGAUGAGAAGAUCAGGCAACAAGUCAGAGCAAACAGUCUUGAACUUCGAGAGUUAGAAAGAAAGCUGAAAUCUGCUUAUAUGAAUAAAGAACGAGCUGCACAGAUUGCUGAAAAAAAAGCUAUAUACGAUGAGAAAAUGAAAUGGGAGGAUGAAGUAGCCCAAGAGAUGAAGGAGGAGUACGACAGGUAUCUGAAAGAAGAAAUAUCUGCAGAGCUGAGGAGAAACCAGGAGAAGAAAAUGUACCAUCAAGAACUGGACAAGCAGGUUGAGGAACAGGAGAAGAAGAAGCAAGAGGCUUAUGAAGAGUUUCUAAGAGAGAAACUCAUGAUUGAUGAAAUUGUAAAAAAGAUCUACGAAGAAGAUCAAAUGGAAAAACAACGGAAGUUAGAUAAAAUAAGAGAAACUCAGACAUAUAUUGAAGAGUUUAUAAAAGAACAAGCUAUCUGGAGGAAAAGGAAACAGGAAGAGAUGGAAGAAGAAAAUAGGAAAAUUAUGGAGUUUGCCAACAUGCAACGACAAAGAGAAGAUGAUCGGAUUGCUAAAGUUCGAGACACUGAGGAGAAAAAACAGCGAGUUCAAAACAUGCUUGCCAAGACGAUGGAAAGAGAAGAACAGAGGCGUAAAGAACAGGAACAAAUCCGCCAAGACCUGUAUCUGGAAGAACAAGAAGCAAUGGAAAGGGAGAAGGAGAUGGCAGAAAUUGAAAAGAGAAUAAGGCAACGCCUAGACUUAAGGCAAACAUAUGAAGAGCACUUUGCUCUAAAGGCAGCAGCACAACAAGCUAUGAGAGAAGAGGAGGAAGCCCUGCGGCAGCAGAUUUUGGCCAAGCUGGCAGAGGACGAUCGCAUUGAGCAGCUGAACGCACAGAAACGAAGAAUGAAACAGCUUGAACACAAAAUGGCCGUGGAAAAAAUCCUUGAGGAUCGUCGCAAACAGUGUAUUGCAGAAAAAGAGCGUGAACUUGCAGAAAGAGAGUUAGAGAAGAGGAGACAAGAAAGUAUCCGUGCAAUUAUUGAAGAAGAGAGACAGAAACUCUUGAAAGAGCAUGCAUGGAAAUUGCUGGGUUAUCUUCCUCGAGGAAUACUCAAAGAUGAAAACGACAUUAACAUGCUUGGAGAAGAUUUCAGGUUGGCUUACCAGCAGAGAAGAGGUAAUGAACUUUCAGAAGAGAGAUGAACCUUCCCCCAGCUCAGCUCCUGCUUUGCCACUAGGUGUCAGACGAUUCCCAGUGAAAACCCAUUUGCUUUUAACAGUGAGGAAUUCCUUUUCUAUAGCAUUAAAAGCCUUCAUUCGAAAACCGAAGUUCUAAUUGGAUGAGCAGUUAGUUUUAUACAGGUGUGUGCUCCACUUGCAUUUUUCACCAAUAAACUCUUCUGGAGUUCUCAAUUAUUCUCGGUCAUGUAGUAAUGUUAGAAAUGUUUUCUUUAGCAACACAGCAGAAACCUCACCUAGCAUGUGCAUUCCAGUGUGGACUAAAGGACUCUCCUAAUGCACUAGUUCAGGGAAGAUGUGGCUGUACUGGCAUUACACUACUACAAUCCUCAUCCAAAUGUAGUGUGUCUCAUCUCCACGAGGUAGGUCUGAGGUACUUCAGUGGUAGGAUCUAAGCAGAGAUGUUGUGGAAUUCUGAGGUCAGAACUACUGUUUAUACAUUUCUUUCAGUGCAUAAACUGACUAUUUUUGUCUCAUGUUCUUACUCGCUCUGGGGGAGGAAUCCAUUGAAAUAGCUGAGGUUUGGCAGAAGUUCAUGCAAGCAGCACAGGCUUGUAUUGCUCCUGUUUGUUAACGUACACACAAUAGGCUCAGCUCACCUAUCCUGAAUCUGUUUUCUAGCUAUUGAUUACAAUGAUGACUAAUGCAAUUUUUAAGGAUGUAAUGCUUGUAGAGCACCUGUGAAUAUGGAGUCAUUGCUCCUGCCUCUAUCCCAAAGAAGCAGCUGAUGGCCAGGGAAAGCUUUACUACUUUCACCUGUACUGAAGGACCAGUUUUACACAAUACAGCUCCAGGGGACUGUGGAGUCUGUCUGGGCAAUGAAGGGCAAGUCUCAUGUAUGGUUAUGCCAGCCAGGGGAUAAGAUGUAAUGGCUAAAACAAGUUAUGGUCAUUUCUAUAAAAGAGCUGUUGGUGCUUAAAUUAGAUGCCAGAGCAGCUAGCUUUGAGGGGAGAUCUGUUACAGAGAACAGACAAGGCCAAUUUUCCAACCACGUGUUUUAAAAAGGACAUGACAUUUUCUUCGCAACUGGAUCACUGGUUAGUUUAUUUCUGUUGCAACAUGGAAUUUUCUGAGACUAAAUCCUGACUUCUUUGGACUGAAUAUAACCAUAGGUAAGGUACGGUUUUAAAUGCUAGAACAGAGCAAACUGAUAAAAAAGUUCACUUUGUUGGAAUAUUCCUUGCAUGGUCUGUGCUUCUCUGCUCCUUCCCAAAUAGGCAGUUUGGCUUGACAAUGGAGUAGAAAUUUGUGUUUCAUAUGAUAUUACAACACAAGCUAUCAGGCUUACAAAAGUUAAACUAUUUAAGUAUAAGCAAAAUCAACAAAAUCAAUUCAGUGGGUUAUACAGUUAUUAACUAUUAACAAGGACUCAUAUACAGUCUCAAAAUAAUGUACCAUCUGACUCAUCUUUCAAACAGAAGUUAUUUAAUGGAAUCAAUAAUUCCCCCACUCAAGAGCUUUCAUGAAUUCCUCUUCGGUAAAAGAAAGCAUCUUGGCAGCUUCAAUGUGCAUCUAAAAAAAAAAAAAAAACAGAGCAGAAGGUAAAAUAGUGUGAAUGACCAAUACAAAAUACUGGCUAACUGAGAUUUUUUGUGGGUUUUAAUAAAGCACAGAAAUUCCUGAAAAUCUGACAACUCUUGUGACUUCUGAAGAACACAUGUAAGAAAACCGGUCCACAUUCUUUCAAGCUGAUCAAUAUACAAUUUAACAUUAAAGCUAUUACAAAGCAAA